UUUGGGGUUUAGUAAUUACAAUCUUUUGGUAUGUGGAUUUGAUCUUUAAAUUUUUUGUAUGUUUAAAAUCAAAAGUCAAAAAAAGAAAAGGUCGUGCGGCUUAACAAUUCAAUCAUGUAAAAAAAAUGAUAUUCUGAUUAUGUAAUAAAUGAUAUAAGCAGAGGAAAAGGUUGUCAAACUAAUUUGUUCAAAGGGAACUGGAAGUUAUACCAGGACAAGAAGGUUUAUACUAUAUCAAAGUAACUAAUAAUGUCAUUCUUUGCUGAAUUGUGGGAAUCAGUGUUCACGCCAGGUACCACUCCUGCAUUGAUCACUGCCACUCAUAUAUCAUUUAUACUUUUAAUAAUCUCAUUAAUUACAUUGAUAUUUCUAAGUAAAUCAAUUCAUUUCGUUAAUUUAUUGGUGAUUGCUAUUUUACUUUAUGGAAGUGUGAUUUGGUUUAUUAAUGAAUUGAAAACUAUCAAAUUAAAGGAUAAUGCCGAAUUAGAAAAGGAAACCAAUGAAAAGGAAGGUUCUAAAGAAGAAUCUGAAGGCAAAGCUGAUAAGAAAGACCAAGAUCAAAGUACUUCAAGUGGUGCUUCAGUUCAACCAACUAGUCCUGUUAAAAAGAGAAAGGCUUAAAUGAGUUUAGUUAAUCAUGAUUCAAAGAUAUCUCUAGUUCCAAGUGAGUUGACUAGAUACACUACAUAAUUCAAGAUUUAUUGCCCUAUUGUAUAUAUCUAACCCUAAUAGACAGCAUAACUAAUUAAUGAA